UCCACUCCCAGUGCAGCGUCCGGAGACUCUGACACUUGUUAGUAUUUGUAAUGAACCGUUUCUCUUUCUCGCCUGUUCUGCUGCAUGUACAAAUUACAAUAACCUCAAUUCUCAUCCAUGGGGCAACAUAAAAACGCCAUAAACCCAAUUAGCCUUUAACCAAAUCUUAGCAUAGCAUAGCAAACACUCUCCUUCUCCCACCCACAUUUUAUUUUCUUGCCCCAAUUAAGAAUCUUGGCUUUUGAUUAGAUUAGAUUAGUGCUGUUUCUUUGUUUGGUUUUUCUCAGUGGAGUUGUUGUUAAGCAUGAUGAGAUGGGAAAAGGUGGCUGUACAUGGAGGUGGUGGGCCUGGAAAAAGGUGGGGCCACACCUGUAACGCUGUACAAGGUGGUAGGCUUCUCUAUGUUUUUGGUGGAUAUGGCAAAGACAACACACAUACCAACAAAGUUCAUGUCUUUGACACUGUUAAUAGAAUAUGGAGCGAGCCAGUGAUGAAGGGAACAUUGCCCUCACCCAGGGACAGCCACAGUUGUACAACCAUUGGGGACAAUCUGUUUGUGUUUGGGGGCACAAAUGGGAGAGAGCCUCUUAACGAUUUGCAUAUCUUGGACACUUCUUCGAAUACAUGGAUAUCACCCAGUCUAAGAGGUGAUCGCCCUAAUCCAAGGGAAGGCCACAGUGCAGCACUUAUUGGUAAACGGCUUUUCAUAUUUGGUGGAUGUGGCAAAUUCGAUGACACCGAAAUAUACUAUGAUGAUGUUUACGUAUUGAAUACAGAGACAUUUGUCUGGAAACACAUUGCGCCAUCAGGCACUCCGCCAAGUAAGCGUGAGAGCCAUUCCUGUUCAUCUUGGAACAGUAAAAUCAUAAUCAUAGGCGGUGAAGACACAAACAAUUUUUAUCUGUCAGACGUUCAUGUACUUGACACGGAUACCCUUGCUUGGUGCAAGUUGAACACUACAGGCCAGAUUUUGCCACCGCGAGCUGGGCAUACAACUGUUUCAUUGGGCAAGAACUUGUUUGUCUUUGGGGGUUUCGCUAAUGAUCAGAGCCUAUUUGAUGACGUUUACAUGCUUGAUGUUGCUGCUGGUGCAUGGAGUGAGGUCAUGCCGACUGGUGAGGGCCCAUCCGCCAGAUUCUCGGUAGCUGGGGAUUGCUUAGAUCCACACCUGGGAGGUGCUCUUAUAUUCAUAGGUGGUUGUGAUAAGAACCUUCAACCCUUGGAGGACAUGUAUUAUCUAUAUACAGGCCUUGAUAGAGAGGCUGAACGAGACGAAAGAAGGUUAGAGAAAUUGUCUCUAAGGAAGCAGUUGAAGCUAAAAUGCCAAGAGCAACAAGCUUUAGCUUCUCCCUAUAAUAAUGCUCUAGUUGGAUCUGAUAAUAACGCUAAUGUUCAUCACCAACUGCCAAGUCGGCAGAACAUUUAUUUUACCGAAUUCCAGACUCCUAUGGAGAGGAAGAUUUUUCAAGCCAAGGUCACAAAGAAUUCUCCACAUGGCUAUACCAUUGAAACUAUUAUAGAUGGACAACCGCUUCGUGGAAUAAUAUUUUCCACCAAACCAAGACCUGAACAGCCUCCACUUAAUGAUUCUAUCAGGAAUACGGGAACUGGUGAAACGGAUAGAGAAAAGCAGAAUGGCGACCAUAACUCUGCUAGAGGAGUUAAAAGACCUUCAGAAACAAAUGUGGACGACCUCCGGCAAGCAGCAGAUGUCUCUGGUGGGAAUUCUAUCAGAAAUGAGGCCCCAGUUGGAGACGCUACAGCUGAAAUGAAGGCUCCACCCCCCUCUUAUGCUUCACCAGCCCAUGAGAUAAGAAUCAAUGGAACACUGAUUAGCUUUGUGCAAUUUUGUCCUCAAUAUGGUGGUUAUUUCCUAGAAUUUCCCUUUCUCUACGGCCCGAGACGGUCACACGCUCCCAAAAGGAGUGGACAAGGGUUAAGAAGAGGGAUUUUGGGGUCAUAUCAUAUAUUUAGAAACUGGGGUAAAACUGAUUUUAGAUCCAGUGACUUUUUUGUUAUUAGCUCGAUUGCGAGCUGUUUGUAUAUAGUAGAAUAUUGACUAUAAUUUUUUUAGUUGCCCAUAUGAGAAGCAUUUGUGAAGAUGGCCGAGGGAAUUGAAACACUUUAUCUCUGCAACCUGCUUGUGGAUUUCACAUUUUUAUUUUCCUCA